AACUGCUGGAAAACGACUACCGAAUCCCUAAAAGUCAGCAAUGAUGUUUUCUCGUGAAGAUUCCCUCUUUCCAGGAAAUACUUCCGCCGUCUGUCUCUAUCCUGGGGCGUGUCGCUUGGGUGGUCGAUGUAUUGUCGCGAUCGGAAUGAGGUACGAUAACCGAUUCGUAGCUGAACUGGUUUCCGCUGGUCAACGCCGUUUUUGUCGGUAUGUGUUGCUCGUGGCUUGUUGACGUCUGGAAGGAAAGAAGCGAACUGACUUGCAACCGACUUCGCGUGACGACAACGUGGACAGAUUUUCAGGGGUCGUAGAAGCUUGAAUGCGUUCAUACGGGGCUUUUGUCCCUGAGGCGCUGUGAAAGUAAAGCGUUUUAACUUUCGUGUCAGCAAACUGUGGAGACGCGAAGCCUCAAGGGGUGGAGUAGGGUCGAGGGCGGUGUGCUGCCACCACCGCAGCCUCGCGUGUCCUAAAAGUUUGUGUCCACGAUGUCUGACGGAAUCACAAAGAGUCUGUACGAGCGAAGGAGCGGGGCCCUGGUGUUUAAGGGCCGAGGGAGUUUGAAAGACGAGAAGAAGAAGGAGCGCAAAAAGAAGAACAGGAAGCGGGAGAGAGAUGACGAGGUGAGAGAAGAGGAGGAAGUAGAGCUGGAAGACGUUGAAGAGGUCGAAGGAGAAGGCCGCAUUGUGUCCAGCGGCAGCACCAUUCAGGGCUUUGAGACCAAGUUCAUGGACCAGUGUGAAGCAGGAGACGUUUUGAUGAUCAAGCAUCCGCUCACGCACCAGGUGGAAAGGCGAAUUAUCAGUAAAAUCAUGACAAAUCGCAGCAUGACUGUCUCGGAUGGCUUUUCAACCGAUCUCGUCAGCACAACCACGUUCGCAAUCCGAAAGGAAGGGGCUAUCUUGCGCAAGAAAGCAGAAAAGGCAGCCACCCGCGACAAAAAGCGUCAAAAAGGCGAUGCCGACGGAGACUUUGACAAAGUCGUCCAAGACGAGGUUUCCAGACAGCUUCAGAAGAACCUAAAAAAGGCCGCGAAAAUUGUCACGGUCCGUGAGAAGACGGGUAUGUGGGGGUACAAGGUCGUUUCCCGAAAAGCGGACCACGAACUGACCGCUGAAGAGAGACUGGACGAACGGUGCAAGCAAGGGCGAGACAAGUUUUGUUGGUAAUGUUUGACGCUGAGAAGAGAUCAACCAGAUGCGACGGGCAACACGAGCGUCCUGUAAAGAUCCAAAGUGUGUAGUUGUCUCUUUCUACUCGCGUACCUCUGGGAACCGAGGACAAACUUGAAGCACUCGUGAAGAUGCGGCCAUCCAAUGGGGCCUUCCCGCGGGACUAUGGAGCUCGUUUGGUUUUUCCGAAUCGUGUGAAAAAACAGUUUUUCGGGAUUCGGUGGCCCAUGUGGCGGAUUUGCUGAAUGUCAGGCGACAUCUGUGUCGCCGCCUCGUCGGGCUAGACCGGCUGAGAACGAAACUCGAAAUAGUCUGAUCGGCGAUGUGUAACACGUUUGUAAAAGAGAAAAGAAGUUUUCCUCUGUUUAUGUUAUGAGGCUCCGCCAGUGAAAGCAUUCCGAUAUUGUUUUUAGUUAUGAAAGAUAUUUGCCAGCUCCAGAAAUGCCGAUGUCUUCUUGGCCUGGAGUCAGCAGGGUCAAGAGCUGGCGUAGCGUUGCUCGGACAUAUUCAGUUGUUAAUCUGAACGAACACUUGACCUGUUUUUGCCGAUGUAUCCCCGCCGAAGAGCAAACCGGUCAGUUGGAAUCGUGCAACAACAGAUUUCCUAGAGCAUAGAAAAUCGAACCGCUUGUCAAGGUAUUUACGUGGCAUGGUGGAGAAAACUUUUACUGCACAUGUCAUAUUCCCGC